AUUUAUGUCUUGAACAGUGCAUGGAUUGAUGGACCAUUUCCGUUGCGGAGGUGCCCUGUGCGGUGUGGUCGAGGUGAAAACUUGCGGGUUGUUUAUCGGUAUAUGCACGGCUUGGGCUUCGACCUGUAGAUCAAGUUCUCUGCACCAGGGCGGACACUCAAGUAUUACUUCAAGUUCAUGGCACAUGAUACGUCCCCGACUCUCAACACUCCAACAUGAGGUGCGCGAAUCCGCCCUUUCUCACAUCCAGGCGAUCAGCCUCCUCUCGCUGACCAUCACCUACAACUCCUGUGCACCCCCGGGCCGCUCCGACCUUUGCGUACGCUCACUUGCAAUGUCUCGCCGCCCACGCGCGCCGCCUGCCCAUCUCCCAACCAUCUCCCUCUGUGCGGACAUCUGCAGGUUGUGUAUGUCCGAUACUGUGAUGGCGGCGCUGAGGUGGUGCUGUUCACUGGACCCAACCCUGCGGAUGAUGGCCGCGGUCGACGUUAUGCAGGGCAGUGUGAAUAGCAAUGCCCUGCUGGAGCGUGCAGGUACGGUAGUGAAUAUUUGGUGGACAGUGCCAGUCGAUAGAUAAGUUUGCGAGGCUCCUCUUGUGACCUCUGACCCGGGUCGUUUGUAUUAUCUACAUGUAUACAAGCUGUGAGCGAACGUCUACAUCACCCGCAGAGUCACCACCAGUAAUUAUUCGCACUUGCCUUUCACUCGCCCGCGUUGAUCUGAUCACUCGCCGCGUACUACUUCCACCUCUCGCUGCACUCUCGCCUGGACGACUCAUCCCCGCUCCACGCGCUCCCUUUUCCGCCGUGCAUGCAAUCCUUACACAGCACAAGACGGUGGACCUCCCAAUGCUUGUCACAAAAUUCAUUCUAGGAUCGAUCUACAUACAAUACUCGUGACAGCGCUGAGCCCAAACCUGAUAUGACUGGCAUAUGAGGUCAAGGAGCAUGGUUUGCCC